UUGCCAGUGCAUUCACCAGUGUUGAUCGACCGAGCAUUGAGAUUCAAGAAACCAAUAAAUCGAAAGGUUUAUUUGGAGUAUACGCUUCAAGCCAACGCGCGUUACGCGUAAAAUGCGCACGUAACCGCUGGCUGAUUAUUGUCACGUUUUGUUCAUCUUUGUUAACGUUUCAUCAGCGAGGAUUUUAAAAUGUCAAAAGAGCCGGAUAAAACUCCUUAUAUCGGCGAUGUGGACUCCGAUUCGCCGUCUUCUCCUUCAAUGUCCGACGAACAAGGCUCGCAGACCCAAACCGGCGCCGGUAACCCGGCGGACAGCGAGGAAGAUGCCCGCUUCCCCCCGUGCAUUCGAGACGCGGUGUCGCAGGUCCUCAAAGGCUAUGACUGGUCGCUGGUGCCGAUGCCUAUGCAAGGCCGCAGGUCUUUGAAAGACAAGCCUCAUGUGAAGAGACCCAUGAACGCGUUUAUGGUGUGGGCGCAGGCGGCGCGGAGGAAGCUCGCGGAUCAGUAUCCACAUCUCCACAACGCCGAGCUCAGCAAGACCCUCGGCAAGUUAUGGAGGCUGCUCUCUGAGAGCGAGAAACGACCGUUUGUGGAAGAGGCAGAGAGACUGCGGCUCCAGCACAAGAAAGACUAUCCGGAUUAUAAAUACCAGCCGCGGAGACGGAAGAGCCUGAAGCCGGGUCCGAGUGAACUGGACACGGGAGCUGAGAAGAACCCUCACGCCUCGCAUCAAGUGUACAAAGUGGAAGCGGGUAUGAGAGGGAUGCACCAUCAACAGGUCCAUGGUGCUCAACCUCACGGUCCUCCUACACCUCCAACCACCCCGAAGUCCGAUCAGCAUCAAAACGCCAAACUGGAGUCCCGGCCUGCGUCGGAAAACGCAAGACACAACAUCGACUUCAGCAACGUGGACAUCUCGGAGCUCAGCAGCGACGUCAUCGGCAGCAUGGGCCCGUUUGACGUGCGUGAGUUCGACCAGUACCUGCCGUUAAACGGCCACAUGGAGAACAACGGUGGGCCGCACUCCAGUCCUGGCUGUUUCAGCGCAUCCUACCACCAUCAUCCUCACGGCAGCACUUUGGCAUGGAACAAGGGGUCCGGGUCACCGUCUGCAUCCUCGCACAACGGCGCAAACCAACAAAGACCGCUCAUUAAAACAGAACAAUUGAGUCCUUCUCAUUACGGAGAGUCUCACGGGUCACCGACCCAAUCUGAACUGACCGACUGUCCAGACCUGCAGAACUCGACGUACUUCACCACAUUUUCCGGGUAUCCCGCUGGCAUUUAUCAAUAUCCGUACUUCCAUUCCUCCAGAAGAUCAUACGUGACUCCUGUUCUCAACAGCUUGUCGAGUUCGUCUCAUAGUCCCGGGGCGAGCUGGGAGCAGCCAGUUUACACGACUUUAACACGACCCUGAUGCCAAGUUUUGGGUCAGAGAUGUCUGAUGCUGAGAAUUAUGGGACUGUGUUUUGUACCGAAGUAAAUCUUUCUAAAAAUCUUGCCAUUUCAUAGACUUUUCUGGUAAUUGUGACCUUUAGAUUUUCCUAACAGAUUUUGGAUUCACUUUUCAAUAUCGAGUGUUUUGUGUUUGUAUUAUGGCCUGGAUAGAAGUGUUUGUUUUUUUGGAGUGAGAUGCGAUAGACUGUCAAUAUUCAAUACGCUAUUUAAACGCAAUCGUGGAUUUGUCUUGAUAAUAUGCAAUUAAAAUGUAGAACGAAUGAAUGUGCGGUACCGCCUGAUGUCUUCAUUGUUGAUAAAGGCCGAGUCUAACUGUCAAACGGGCAGAAUAACUCAUGCUUUCAUCACAAUUUGAGUCCAAAACGAAGCUGUAUUUGAAUAUCGGAGAGAUGCUGGAUCAUCUGUGGUUUACAAAGCCAAGAAUCAGCAAAAGGGAGAGCAGAAAAGAGAGAGGGCUGAUUCUGAAUGACAGCGUCUCAAAGGGCUCUUUGUUUUCAUUAUAAAAGAGGCAUUAAUUAAGGGAGGGAACAAAACAAAACAAAUACAAAGCAGAAAAUCAUUAUAACUGCCGUUACAUGAAAGAAGAACGCAUGAACAGACACUACCCUCUGCUAUUUGGAUAAACAGCAACAAAAGCAGCAGAAAAUGCAUAAAUUGAGUGCAGGAUAAGAGAAUAAGUUCUUCAUGUGUGGAAAAGAGCCAGUGAUUCCACAGCAGAUGGGUGUGGGUGGACUAGGACUUGUUUUCCUUUCACUAUGUUUUAUUGCAUUGAUGAUUUUUGAAGUGGAGAAUGUAAUUAGUGUUGAUAUGUACAGCACGCAUCAUUGUGCUCGCUGACAUUAUUGGGUCUUAAAACUGGACGGUACGCAGUAAGCACUACAAGAUGUAGUGUCUCUUAUGAUUUUGAUUUCUAGUUAUGGUGUGUUAUGUGGAGUUCUUAUUGUAUUCAGCUCUUUGGACCCUGGUUUCUGAAAGUUUUGCUCUCAGAAUUUUUCUGUUGACAUUUGGAGAGCAUGAUGAUUGUGAUCUCUAGUGCAAGAGCCAAUAAACAAUGACAAAAAAAAUCAUGCUGAGCCAUUAAAUAGACCCCCACAUAAAAACAACAUCAGGACUGUUAGAAAUGAAAAACUGACUAUGAUUACAGCAGAUCAAAGUUCAAUGUAUAACACAUGAGGCUUGUUCUGUAAUAAACCAUAAUUAACUAUUUAAUAUACAUAUAU